AUGCAGUGGACCGCCAUUCAGGAACUCCUCGGAGAAAUCUCCUUCACCGUCGUCAUCCUCGGCAUCCUAGCCUAUUUUCAAGUCAUCCCAGUCCUCCCCACCACCUUCCCCGACAUCCCUCACCUCUCUUACAUCCUGCCCCCGGCCACCCUCCUCGCCGCCUACCUCCUCUGGCUCCGUUUCUCGUUCGACGAGCGUCCGGAAAGCCUGACGGGGUACAUCACGCUCUCCCGCGCCUUCAUCGUCAACGUUUCGAUACUCAUGUGGGCGAUCAUGCUUCUGCCGCCUCUGAUAGUGUGCUUGUUCUCGGGGGCAGGUCUCGCGUUCGCGGUUUGCAUCCCUGUGCUGCUAUGUGUGGCGGUUUGGCGUGCUGUUUGCGGCAGUCCUCAGCCUGAGCCUGAGUACGAGGAGGGUUGGAGGGACGAGGUUGAUAGGGACUUUCAGAGGCAGCCUUUCUUUUGGCAGGAUAGAGACAUCCUGCGGCCUCGGUUUAUGAGGCUGUGA